AUGAUGAACGAGGAUGGGACAAUGACUCCCGAUCGGAGUCAGAAGAAGCGAAUUCAGAAUCGUGUCGCGCAACGGACAUAUCGCAACAGGAUAAAGCAGAGGGUGGAGGAGCUUGAAAGGGAAGUCAACGAAUACAGGCGACGAGAGCAACAGCAUACGGAAGGGAACAGAGCCGGCACGCCAUCCGCCAACGGCCUCGCCCUCUCGAACAGAACCGGCGCGGCGGAAGACAAAACGAGUCCUACGAGCGACAAGAUCAAGCCCCCGAAUGCCGUCAGGAGCUCGAGGUUGAGCAGUAGCAAGGCCAAUGGCAACAGUAGCGGCGACGAUCGGACAACUGACAAAGCCAGCAGCAAUAGCAGCUACGUGAUGGACUUGGACUUGACGGACGGGGACUGUGCCGUCGACGGAACAAGCCAUGAUCAGACGGGUCUUUUGCAGCACGAUACUGCGAUGCAGCCGCAGAUGUUGACGCAGCCGGCUAAUACUCGCUCAAAUAUUCCGUCACAAAUCGCUUUUGCCCCCUUUCCCAGUUUUUCCUCUCCCCCGCUCUCACAGCCAUACGGGCUCACGCCAGAUUGGCCGUGGUCACAUGCACACGGCAGCGUGUACCGCGACUCCAUCAACCACCAGGCACUCUCAGCUUUUCCAUCACUCAGCACAGACAGCAGGCAAGGAAGAGGCGAGCAGGACGUUACUUCUGAUGCCUCGUACCAAGUGUCACCCGAGCCCGCAUACAUGAUUCAGCCCAAGUUGCAGGAGCGGAGCCAAAUUCUCACCCCACCAGACGGCACAGUCGAUCCUCCUUCAGCCGCUGCCGACAGAUCUUCGGACGCAGGCUCCAGCGUAGUGUCCAGUCCGAGCAGCACUGGUAGCAUGGCUGAUGCGAGAGCGCACGGCGAAAAUCACCUGGCAUCCAUGCCAGAGUCAAGUUCUCAGAUGCGGAAUCGACCCCUGGAAGAGCGAUUCGAGUAUCUCCGGCAGUGCAUGGAGAACCUCGGGCUGGGAAGCUUUGAUGCGACAAUGGGGCAAUAUUACACGGCAGAGUUCAAUCACGAGUCUAUCGUCUCGCGGGAGCAGCGGAAUAGUCGACACAGCGAGCUUCCUCUUCUCCUAUCGAAGCUACGUAAGAACGCAACGGACUGGUCUCAGUGGGAGGCCCAUGGCUACCAGUACGAAAUUAUUAAGUCUGCCGAAAGCAUUGUCGGCGCCGAGAGGGGAGACUUUGCUGUCUCGCAAGGCCUGUACCACGAUGUUCUUGCAGAAAUUGAGAAGCUCCCCCCGGGCGGCGACGGCAUCGACAAGGCCUCGAGAGCAUUUCACCCCCUGACUAAAAAGUUUCAGGAUACGGCAAGUCAGCUUUGCACUCGCCACUCCACGACAGCCAGCUAA